GUCCCUUCUCUUCUUGCAAGGAGCAGUACGACAUAGGGAAGUCGAGACGAAGCCAAGUGUAUCCGCUGAUGUUUGUUUCACAAAAGAUUCCUGUUUACUGUCACAUGGGAAACUUUGGAUGUGGUGGUGGAGGAUGGACGCUGGCCAUGAAGAUUGACGGCGCACAGAGAACCUUUCAUUACAAUUCCCAUUUCUGGCGCAACAGAAAUACAUAUAACCUUGCUGGAGGCAGGACUGGCUUUGAUUUACAACAGACCAAGUUGCCGACCUGCUGGAACACACCUUUCUCCAAGAUCUGCCUCGGUAUGAAGAUUGGUCAUCAGCUAAGGUUCAUUGUCAUCAACAGGCACGCCAACUCACUGUACUCACUGAUCGCUGACGGGAAAUACCGCGCCACCUCACUGGGUCGUAACGCAUGGAAGUGGCUGAUUGGCUCACAGGCCUCCUUGCAGCCCUACUGCAACAGGGAAGGAUUUAAUUCCGUGAGUGGAUCUGAUUCCCUUGCAUCCAAAGGAAGGAUCGGAAUUAAUGCCAAUCAACAGCACCACUGUAAUUCUUGUGACUCCAGAAUCGGGUUUGGCACUGGAGGGUGGUACGAUGACUCAAACACCUGUGGCAACGAAGCGUCGCACUCGGCAGAUAAUGGAAACAAGUACAUCAAAGCCAUGGGGUACAUCUUGGUACAGUGA